CCGAGGCGGACGCAAUGACUGAGGCUGAUGUGAGUCCGAAGGCCUACCCCCUUGCAGAUGCCCACCUCACCAAGAAACUACUGGACCUUGUUCAGCAGUCAUGUAACUACAAGCAGCUUCAGAAAGGAGCCAACGAAGCCACCAAAACACUCAACAGAGGCAUCUCUGAGUUCAUUGUGAUGGCGGCAGACGCUGAGCCUCUGGAGAUCAUCCUACACCUUCCGCUGCUGUGUGAGGAUAAGAACGUGCCCUACGUGUUUGUGCGCUCCAAGCAGGCCCUGGGCCGGGCCUGCGGGGUCUCCAGGCCCGUCGUCGCUUGUUCUGUCACCACUAAAGAAGGCUCACAGCUGAAGCAGCAGAUCCAGUCCAUUCAGCAGUCCAUUGAAAGGCUCUUAGUCUAAACCGGUGGCCUGCGCCCCCUCCUCCCUGAGUCCUCCCCCUGGGGGUGUGUAUCAUAGCGUCUGUGUUAGCAUGUAGUACCUCCAGCCACCUUCUCUUGUUAAUAUUAUAGUACUAAAUCUGGGUUUUGCAUUUUUGUAUUAUUUUACAGGUCGUUAUCCAUAUAUUAAUCCCCCACCCAGCCCAAUCUCCCAUUCUACACUCUCUGCCACCUUAUCCUCCCUUUUGAAAAGUGAACUAAUGCCAAGAACAGGC